CGCUCCGCGCACCGCCCAGCCGGCUUUCCCGGAAGGGCGGGCGCGCUGGGCUCCCGGCGCUGUGUUCCACCGGCGAGGCGGGUAAUCAUGGCAACCGAUGAGGAUAACAAAAAACAAGUUCUUAAGGAGCCUUUGUCAGAUAAAGAAUUUAUGAACGAUGAACAAAGAGAGAGAUUAAUUGAUGAAAUUGUAAAGGAAAAUACUCAGUUAAAGGAGGAGAUCCAAAGGCUUGAAACUGAGUUACAAGAGGCCACCGGAAACUUCCAGGGGUACAGAUUACGAAUUUUGCUGAUAGUCUCUCUUCACAUUUUUAUAAAUCUAAGUUUGAUAAUGGUUAAAAAGUUGAUGGACAGGUGUUGGAUUAAAGAGGAUAUUCCUGAAACAAAGGUGAAGUUCGCAUCUUUAGAGAAUCCUGAGAAUGACAGCCAGUUUUUAAAUAUCUCCUGUUCAUUUCAAGUGAGCUCACAAGUUCUUUAUGAGCUGCAGAAAGGACAAGCCCUUAUCACCUUUGAAAAAGAAGAAGUUGCCCAGAACAUCAUCAGGAUGGGGAAGCAUCAUGUGAAGAUAGAAGAUGUAAAUGUGGAGGUUUUGGCCAAGCCAGUUCCAUUAAAUUCAGGAGUCAGAUUCCAGGUUCAUGAAGCGUACUCUAAGGUGAAGAUCAACGUUACUGAAAUUCCUGAUGGAUUGCCCGAAGAUCAGAUGAGAGACAAGCUAGAACUAAGCUUUUCUAAGUCCAGAAACGGAGGCGGGGAAGUGCUCCGCGUGCAGUACGAUAAGCCGUCCCGCAGUGCUGUGAUCACGUUCACGGAACCUGGAGUUGCUGACAAGAUUUUGAAAAAGAAAGACUAUCCGCUUUAUAUAAAUCAAAACUGCUAUAGAGUUACUGUUUCUCCAUACACAGAAACACACUUGAAAAAUUUUCAGGUGUUUUCGGGAAUAUCGGAGAGGACAGUGCUUCUGACUGGGCUGGAAGACCUUCAGAUGACGGAUAUAGAACUUUUAGAGGAUUUAGUUAGCAUUCAUUUCCAACGGGAGAUGAACGGAGGUGGAGAGGUGGAAGUGGUCAAAUGUUCUCUAGGUCAACCUUGCAUCGCAUACUUUGAGGAAGAGAGGAAUGGAAUGAUCUGAAUAUUACUAGAGCCUGUGAGCCCAAAUCACUGUCAGUAUGUGACAAAAAUGGAUAUCCCUUUUCCUUUAAAGAAUGAAGUCUUUUAAUUCUUUAGUGGCCAUUUAUUCUUAGAUACAAAAUAUCCAUGUUUCUGAAUUCUUCUUUGUUUCAAACCCUGUUGCAUGCUUACCAAUGCAGUAAGUGCUCUAUAUUAAAAAGUUUUGUUUGUUCAUAAA